AUGAGCCUUACAUUUACCCAUCCACCUCAUCCUUCGGAGAGGCUGCAGCGUUCCUCUCCACUGACUUUGGCAAUUCAUGGCACCGAGGAAACUGCUAAAGACCCUCAUGCAUUCCCUACUUUUGAUGACCAAAGCUUCAUGAUACCCCAAUCGCCUGUGCUCUAUCUUCCUCCCCUUCUUUCCUCCCUGCCAGAGCGACUACAACUACCACCUCUGACAUCCUCCGACUCGCCUCCUCUUGUCACAGAGACACGUCUCCCUGAUAUCGAUCCCGCAUCACUUUCUCUUCACAAAGCCCUGCAUCAUUUCCGACCGAUAGUCUCCAAUUACGCCGCAACUCCAUAUAAGGAAGCCUUCAACUGGUCUAAUUUACGUCUCCCAAAAGAUGAAGAACGAGAGUGGUAUUGCGUCGUUUUCAGGAGCAAACGAACGCCAGGCAGCGACGGUGGCUCUCUCUAUGAUGCCGACAAAAAAGCUCACGAUGAGGCCAUUCGGAAUGGCGGCCUGAUACUUUAUUGGUACGGGAUACCCAACCAGGAGACGGGGAUGAAUCUCGCGACCUGCAUUUGGCAGAGUCGGAGACACGCUAUUGCAGCAAACUCGCGCCCUCAUCAUAUACAAGCCAUGAAACUUGCAGCUCAGUCCUACGAAAUAUACCAUCUAGAACGAUAUAUCCUACGAAAAGUGGCCGGUGAGGGAGGUGUAACAAUACAACCGUAUCAGUCGGGCGAGGUUGGAUGGUGA